UCAUCUCCAAAAGCUGCUACAAAGAGGGCCAUUGAGAGACUCCCAAGAUGAAAGGCUUCCUCUUCCUCCUAUUCACCGUCAGCCUCUUGAUUAUGAUUCAGAUACAAACUGGAGUCUUGGGAAACCAGACCACCACCCACAAACCCAGGAAUGGGGCCCCAGCCCUCGGCAGCCUGGGCGGCGGCAGCACCCUUGUCUUCUUGACUAACAUCGUCAUCCAGCUCUUCCACCUCAGAUGAGGUGACACGCCCCAGCCCAGCCCUAGCCCCGUGCCCCCAGGACAGCUGCCACCAUCACUAGCAAGAGAAGCCCCUCCCUGCCCCAUCCUUGGGAGGGGCUGAUGCUAGAGAUGAGCAGGUUGUGGGAACUGACACGUAGAGCCUGGGGGGCCAUGGCCGACACAGCGAGAUACUGACAUGGAGGGGCAAGCACCACCCAGCCGGGGCUCAAUAAAGUUGUCAUGUACUUGGA